AUGUCGCAACUCCAUCCCACAGAGACGUCAGAGGGCUUCUGGAAGGAGUUCUUCCUCUUGCGGCCAGACCGUCCAUCGCUGUGGCACAUCCUCGACGACAUACGGCCCAAUGACCUGCUGCACCUGGAGCACCAGACAAGACAGCUGUUUGCACAGGCAAUCGCGGCGUUGAAACACCCAUACGGAAUUGCAGAUCUGCAUGCGCUGGAUACCUUGAGCACGUUUAUGGUUGCCGUGCUGGGUAAGAAGUACACGAAUCCGAGCUCCGACAUCAUCGAGCUGCUGGCAGGCCUCGACCACAUCGACACCGUCUUCGCCGAGUUCGUCGGCGCACUCGAUUCGCUCAUACGAAAUGGGAGGAGCAGCGGAAACGAGUGCUGCCCUAACGGUAUUGGCCAUGUCGGCCAAGAGCAGUCCCGGCUUGGAAAUCGGGCAAGCUGCACCUACACGGCAGACCUGCAGCAGAGGGCAGUUGAGGUGGCUCUCGCGGUCACGUCCGGGGCAUACCAGACCAGCCUGCUCACCUACUUUAUUCAACGGGACCUAUUCCCGGCCAUAAUUAACUGCAUCCAAUCGCAAACAUCUAACACACCGCCCAGAAGAACGUCGCCCUUCCUGCUUCUCGGCCUGUUAGCCAACUACAACAAGUUCGAGUUCCAGAACCCAUACCAGAUGCGCCUCAAUGACUUCGUCAACGACCGCAUCAUCCGGGGUAUAGUCCAAUGCGUGGGCGAGACAUGCCAGAGACUUCGGGCCCAGUACAUUGAUGUGCAGGAGGAUUUGCCCGAGGGAUGGACACUGGCCGGCACGCUAAACAAGAUUGGGCUGGGAGUUAUUGCGCCCGGGGGCAAGCCGCCACCAAAGCCCGUCUACGACGAUGAGACAGCGAAGAAGAUGUUUGCCGAACUACCAGGGCAAGAAGCUGCCGUGCUACUCGCCACAUACGACUUCACGCACGCCAACAAGCUCUUCAGUCUCGAGUUGGUGACGUGGACACCUGACAAGAGCCAAGAGCAGCCCUUCGCAAGCUUCCUCUCUCUCACCUCGUACCUCCUCCACCACGCCUACCUCUCGCAGCGAACCACCCUCUACUGCCACCUCACGUUAAUGAUCGUCCGCCUCCUCAUCGAAGAUCCCAUCCUCUGCAAGCGCAUCUGUAGCGACGACAGCGCGCUGCCCGUGCGCCUCUGCCGGCAGCGCUCCCCCUACCUCCCGUUGGUCCGCGGCGAGCGCGUCCUCGCGGCAAGCCUAAUGGACACCAUGAUCGGCGCCAUAACGCAUAACCUGCGGCGGCGGCUCGACGCGGGCCUGUACACGCUCUGCGUCGGCAUCCUGCUGCGCGUGAUCGGGUACCUGUCGCGCUCGCGAACCCGCCUGCAGUAUCACUGGGCUGAGCUGUUCCGCGCUCUGCUAUCGCUGGUGCGGUUCCUGACGACGUACGCGGCCGAUCUGAAAGGGCUGCCGCAUAUCGACACGCUCCUGGACCACGUGGUGAAUCUGCUUGCGCUGGGCUUGUCGGCUGGGGAGACGUUCCUGCCGACCCCGGCGGCGUAUGAUGAUUUGUUUUACAAGGUUGUGGAGACGGGCGAAGUGUUGGUGAGGUUCCGGGAUGUGUAUGGGCUGGCAAACAGGGCGAGUAACUCGAUUGAUACGCUGGUUAAUGUGAGUACGCACUACAAGGAGAUGCUGGCUGACGGCGGUGCUGGUGAGAAGAAGGGGGAAGGGGGCGUGGGGAAAAGAGGCAAGGGAGGGCAGUUGACGAGUUUGCAGGUGGCCGAGGUCAUCAAGCAGGGUUAUGAGACGCUGAGUAUCCAGGCCAAGGAGGGGUUGGAUAGCUGGGAGAAAUACCGCGAGGCGGAUGAGAGGACGGUCCUGAAGAAGAUGGCGCGGGCGGCGGUGGCGGACGUCAGAGGUAUGAUCGCUGAGUAA